AUGCCGACGUGUAGGUAUGACGGAAGAGGAGACCCGGGUAGAUUCAUAACGUCAUACGAGGGGCAUAUGAUGCUUUAUACAAAUUCAGAUGCUGUGUGGUGCAAAGUCUUUCCGACUACAUUAAUUGGAGCUGCAGCCGAUUGGUUCAACAAUCUGGACAAUGGAAUGAUAGAUAGUUUCGAAAAGUUGACCGAGAUGUUUAUAGGGCAGUAUGUUAGCAACAGUGUGCGGCAGAGAACAUCAGGGGAAUUGAUGGCAGUAUUGCAAAGGGCUGAUGAGUCUUUGAGGGAUUAUAUCAGGCGGUUCAACAACGAGGCAAACACAAUUUCGAAGUUGCAACAAGAGAUAGUUGUAAUGGCUCUUAUGAAUGGCCUAAAUGAUUCUGAGUUCAAGCGUUAUCUUACACGAAAGAACAUCUCGACGCUGGCAGCUGCUUUUAACAAGGCUCAUGAUUACAUCAAGAGCGAGGAACUGAUGAAGACAAGUAGUAAGAGUGUAACCAUUGGUAAGGGUCAGUUUCAAUUUGAGAGUGGAGCUUCAGGAAGUGGAAGGCCGAGAACUUCGACCCAAAGUAGAGGAGGGGGAAGUCGGCAGGAAGUUAGAGCUGCAAAACCGCCGAUGCGGUACAGUUCAUAUACACCGUUAAAUACACCUAGAGCGGCAAUCUUCUUGGUGAAUCAGAACAGAGAAGGAUGGACGAGGCCGAUCCCUAUGAAGGCCAGACCAAGGGACGCUAAGAAGUAUUGCAUGUUUCAUAGAGACGUGGGUCAUUAUACUGAAGAUUGUACACAAUUGAAGGAUAACAUUGAGGAGUUGAUAAGAAGGGGCACUUAG